AUGUCAGGACCGAGUCUAUCAAGAAAGCAAAGCAGCGAAUCCUUAGUCCCUAAACCUGAUAAAUCAUCACAAGCCCAGCAAAUUCAUUCCUCUUUCUCCAAAGCCUACUCAAAUCUUGGCCUAUCCCUUUCAAAAUUCCCCAAGCUAAACGAAACAACGAAACUUAAGAGCAAGUCCCCAAUGAAAAAAAUUAUAAAACCCAGAUCAAAAUCAUCUAUUAAGAAUCCAAAUGAUCUAAAUCUGACCAAAAUUGACAUAAAACCUAAGCUAAAGUCGAAACGGAACAGUAGGUCCUUUUCUUCUAGUUUUGCUAUUGACCCUCUUAACAAAACUUUAGCACUGUCAUCAGUAGUUAAUUCUAAUGAUGAAAAAAUAGAAAAAUUAGACCAAUCUAUGGAUAAUUAUAAGCAGAUUUUUCAUGAGAGCUCAAUUAAAGUAAUUCAAAAAUCUAAAACGAUAAGCGAUUUUGAGCAUAAGUUUGACCAAGAACUUCAGAAAAUAGAAAACAUAGAUAUGGAUUUGAAAUUUGAUAAAUAUUUAUCAUGUGCAAAAAGGACAUUUUUAAAAGUGCUGGAAAAUGAUAAUGAGUUUACGUCUGUUUUAAUAAAAAUAAAAGAUAUUUAUGAUGGGUAUAUUGAACAUUUGUGUAAAAAUCAGCUUAAAAAUGAAAAAAUAUUGAAAAAAUCUUUUGAUUUAGCAGAAAAUCAAGAUUCUGUAAAUUUGGCAAGAUUGGUUAAAAAUCAACAAAAUGAUAAGCUAGCAGAGCAAUGUAAAAAUUUGAAAUCUGACUCCCCUUUAAGUCGAAACAAAAUAUUGAUAAUAUUUCAUUUGGGUGCAUUAGCAAAAUUUUAUAGAUGAUAAUAUUAAUUUUCUAUAUAAAUUAGUCAUGAAAAAGUGCAAGUAGAACGUUAUUUAAACAAUUUUCGCAUAAUUUAUUAAAAUUUUUAAUAAAAUUUUCAAUAAAAUUUUUUUCAUGCUCAAUUUAUAUUCUUUUAAAAAUUUUGAUAGAAAAAAUUUAAUAUAAAUUUUUUAAGUGAAAAUACUAAUUUUUAUAAAAUUAGUUUAAAUAAUUAUUGGAAAAACGCAAGUAUACGUUUUGCAUUAAUUUUUUUAUGUAAUCUUCAUAAAAUAAAUUAAAAUUUAAAAAAAUAUUUAUGGAGAAAAUUUAUAUAUAAAAUUGUUCUUAGUCCUCUUUAAAUUUGAACAGAAUUUCUUGAUACAAUUUAAAGGGGUGGAGUGAGUUAAAUUUAGUUAACAAGAAGCUACAUGAGUCUAUAGUAAGAGAGAAAAAGUAUAUAAAACUACUAACUCCCCCCCCCCCUCCGUGAGCGAACAAAACCAUUAGAAAAAUCACCAUUUUUUGACCAAAAACCCACCCUCCGUGAGCGAACAAAAAUUUUUUUUAAUAGAAAAAAUUUUAAUGGAAAAAAAUUUUGAUAUAUAAGUGAUAAUUAGUAUAAUGAAAUCUAGAGCUAAUUCUGUUUAAUUUUAAACAAAUUGCGUUUUAAAACAUAAAUUUUGCAAAUUAAAUUAAUAUUUGCUUCCCAAUUUUUGCAAAUUAGGAUUUUUUUAAAUUUCGAAAAAAAUAUUUUUUAUAAAAUUUAUAUAUAAAUUUUUUUUAAAAAAAAAAUUAACCCCCCUCCGUGAGUGAACAAAAUUUUUUUGUUCGCUCACGGAGGGGGGGGGGGGGGAGUAAGCACUCUUGAAAAACAAGGGUAUCCAAUUCAAGAAAUAUAUAACAAUCUCAAAAAAAAGCCAAAAGAGCACAAAAGCCCCCUAAUUUCAGCUGGUGAAGACUCAGCUAGCAGUACAGACUAUUCAGAUGUUUCAAGCAUGAAGCGUGAUAUAACUGCUUCAGUGCCAAAGCUAUCAAUCCCAAAACCCUCUACUGAAGGAUACCACCAAGAAUUCAUGUCUAAAUUCAAUGAAUUUUCAGAAUCCUGGAGAUUGCAAAUAGAAAAAGACAAAAGAUAA